UUCACGCGGUCGUGGUGCCUUCGACUGCAGUCGCGGUCGUGAUCUUGAACCGUAAACACUCGAAACCCCUCAACAGUAAUCGGUUGAUAGUGGACAAGCCAUGGUUACGACGAUGUCGGCUGUGACGACGAUUCUGGUCUUCGUCACUGUGGCAUUCCAAGGGUCUGUCCUCGGUGCCACUGGACCCGGGAUGGUGAGUGGAGGUGGCCAGAGUGAACCGGGCCUGGACUAUCAGAAGCUGCUCGCCAAGCUGGAAAUCUUGGAUACCAAGAUCACUCGAGUGGAAGCGGCCUCGCGGGAGCAAUUUUCCUCGUUCGAGUCCAAACUGGACCGAAUCAUUCGCCAGGUGGAAAACGUAAGUGCCACCGUGCAUAACGUUCGCGGUGACGUGGGAGGCAUUCGGGCGGAAAUUCAGCACUUCAAAAACGCUUCCCACGAGCAGCUCGACGCGCUGGCCGGUAGCGUCACGAUCAUUCAGUCGUUACUGGUCGAAGGUCACAAUCACUACAAGCGCCAAAAACUGGCUCAUCCUGCUGCUGAUGCGGUAACGAAAGUGAACUGGCCCGCCGACUCAUCGAUGCCUCUACUACAAACAACUGCCCCGCUACAAGUGUACGAGAGCUGCGAUUUGGCGCCAAAAUCCGUUUCAACUAGCGUCGUCCACCAACUGCUGCCGGAACCAGGCUUUGGCGAUUCCUUCCCGGUGGUUUGCGACCAGCAGUACGAGUCCGGCGGCUGGGUCGUAAUUCAGAGCCGAUUCAACGGGUCGGUUGACUUUUAUCGCGGCUGGAAGGAGUACAAGAACGGGUUCGGGAACCUGAAGGCCGAGUUCUGGCUGGGGCUGGACCGGAUUCACCAGUUGACGUACUCGGCCCCGUACGAGCUGCAUGUUUUGCUGGAAGAUUUCGAGAAUAAAACAGUGGUGGCGAAAUAUUCACGGUUCGCUGUUGGAAACGAGCACGAAUCGUACGCCAUUACGAAACUGGGGGAGUACAACGGGACGGCGGGAGAUGGGCUCGGUUACCAUCGAGGGUCAAAGUUCUCCACGAUGGACAUCAACCAUGACGUGCCGGGGAACAAUGGGGGUGUUGACUGGACUGGCGCCUGGUGGUAUCGAAGGGGACAUCACAGCAACCUCAAUGGGCAGUACUUGAAGGGGCCUGUCGAUGCUUCCAAGUAUCACGGAAAGGGAAUGACCUGGAACCCAUUCAGGGGAGACAACUACUCUUUGAAGCGAUCUCGGAUGAUGAUAAAACGUGUGAUGAACUUUUGAUUGUGAUAAUAAACUGACAGUAUUCGUUUGUAAAAUUA